AUGACUAUGUCCAUUGUCAUUCUCUCUCUAUUUUCAUUAACUUUCGCAAACAUUUUUGUCGCAAAGUCAAAGAUAUCUCUUCCUCAAAAUAACAUAUUUGGUAUUGCGGCAAGCGACUCGGGUGUUUUAACAGCGUCGGGAAAUGCCAAAAUAUCUAUUGUCACAGUGAACGACGACACUUUCGAGACGGUCCGAACAGAUGGUCCAUUUCGUAGUUUAACCGAUGGGUAUAUUACAGAGUACUCCAAAUCGAUAUCUCAAUUUGUAGCAUAUGGUGGGGAGAAAGCUCGAUUUGGUCGAUUUUCUGAUACCCUUGUUGGUGACUUAGUUGACUACGAGCCUGCGUUUACAGGGCAUUCCACCUUCUUUAUUCAAGAGAACGUAUUAUCGCUUGGGUUUGUUCCUGAAUCGAAGAAUGGGUAUAUCAAAGUGUGUGAUAUCGGUCAUAUCCCACGGCUAGAUGCUCCAAUAGUCCAUCAAGAUGACGUUGUUAAGUCAACUACAUUUGCGGGUACUGGGCAUUUACCGACUGAUUUAAAGAGUAUGGGGAAGGGGGUAGCAACUGUGUGUGUUAAAGAUGCAUCGAACGUAUGUCACAAUCUUCUGUUCAUCGUUGGCGAUCAUGAAGGGCACGACUCGGUCUUCAGCUAUUUGAAGAUCUUUGAACUCCAAGAUUUGUCUACAACAAAACCGUUUUAUGACGAGACGUGGGGGACUUCUACAUACGAAUUAUAUCAGAACGAUAAAGGAUACUUCAACUUGGGCAAUUUGUUCGGGUUCACGACGAUGAAGCCACACUACAACGAACAAAUGAAAAUGCUGUUUGUCAUGUCUGAGAACGCGGACAUCGGAAGUGCGACAUCUACAAAGACUCCAUGUGUCAUUGCAUUCACCUUUUCAUAUGACAAUGAGAACUCUAAAAUUCGAAUGACAAGUAAAAUCAUAACUACGCCAACCUUCGAUUAUGUCAAAGUCGAGAACACAACUUCCUUUGGGAAGGUGAUGGACUCGACUGUAGUUGAUGAUGUCCUUCAUCUAGUAAUUUCAGCGCCAAGUGCAGUCGUACAACAUGCCACAUCUUCGUUUUCAAUGGGUAUAGUAUAUUACUACAAAUACACGGCAACGACUGGGUUUGUCUUUAAAAUGUAUACGGUGCCUCCCGUGUUGGAGAACAAUUAUGGCUUUGGACGGGGAAUAUCGAUAUUGAGUGAGGGGAAGAAGCGGAGAGUCUUUAUAAUCAACGCAAAGGACAAUCAAGUGUAUGAGUCCGUCAUUCCACUGUGUGGUGAUGGUGUUGUGACUACUGAGAUUGGUGAAGAGUGUGAUUCAGUCUCUUCCAAUUGUAAUGCGGAACAAUGUUUAUGUCUUGAUGGCUUUGUUUCAAUGGAUGGAUUAUGUGAGAGGAAGUGUGAGAGAGACACGUGUAAAUGCACGAGCACUGAUUCGUGUAGUGAGUGUACUUUGGAGCUUUUAAACAUCUCCACAAGAUGUCAAGAGUGUAACAACGGCUACGAGUUACUCGAUGGAAUCUGUAAAACGGUAUGUGGUAACAAGAUACGUACCAGUGACGAAGAGUGUGAUUUAGUCGAGAACUGUGAUGAUAACUGUCGGUGUUUAACGGGGUAUAUACCAUCCAGUGAUAAAGAGAACAAGUGUGUGGUAUCAAAGGUGACAGCUUUAACUGCAUGGAUGGUAGUUCAGAUAGUGAUUGGCAUCUUAUGUAUAAUAAUAGUUGUCAUCGUCGUAUUAGUCAAAGUCGUUCGCAAGAAAAUGGCGCGACUGAAUAUCAAUGCAGCUGGUGGUGUAGCCGUGUAUGCGUGCGGUUCGACGGCCAAAUUGGAUCAAUUUGAAGAAGUUGAAGCUGAACGGUUUCCAUUGUAUAGUAUCAACAAUUCCCCAUUCAUGUACUCAUUCGCAAACGACAUAUCAUUUUACAUCGAAGGUGAUAUGGAUCAUCGAGUCGAGAAGAUCGAGUUGAAGAAGAGAUACGUGUUCCAGUUGUUUAUUGGCAACAAGUCCCUCAACAUUGCUUCUUUUGCUAUUGGAGACCCUCGUCUUGAUAAGGAUGACUAUGAUCUUGAGUUCAUGCCAGACAAAGGCAAUUUACAAGGCGGUGACAUCAUCUGCAUAUAUGGCAAAGUGACCCCUUUACGAGAAUGUGCAGUUAAAGAGACAUUCACAUUGACGGUCGUGAACUUGAACACAUCAAAGUCGUUCAUUCAGAACAUUCCAUUGACUUUCUCUGCUGAGGAUUAA